UGGAGAGCAAAUCUCGUAUCUGUCGGAAAAAAGGUUGGCUUGGAACAGAGCCACAAAGCCAUAACAUCGAAUAUCAAACAUUGCUAUAACGCAUUCAACUGGUUUACAACAAAAGACGUUUUGUGUGUUACACGAUAUAUUUUGAUGCCAUAAAUGAAAUAGAUCAUAAGUGAAAACUGUUUUUUUUAUUUCUGGUGUAUAUAGGGAAAAUAUGAAGAGACGAAAUGCUGAUUGUGGUAAAAUGAGGCGACCCAUCAAACGCAACAAAAUAACCGAGGGUAUAUACGGAAGCACUCUUCUGUACCUGAAAUUUUUAGUACUUUGGGCCUUGGUCAUUUUGGCUGAUUUUCUUCUCGAAUUCAGAUUUGAAUUUUUAUGGCCAUUUUGGUUAUUACUUCGUUCAGUACACGAUUCGUUUAAGUAUCAGGGAUUGGCAUUUUCUGUAUUAUUUGUGUGUAUUGCAUUGACAUCUGAUCUGGUGUGCUUAUUUUUUAUCCCAGUUCAUUGGUUGUUUUUUGCAGCAAGUACAUAUGUUUGGGUGCAAUAUGUUUGGCAUACAGAUAAAGGUGUAUGUCUUCCCACAAUAAUAUUAUGGAUGCUUUUCGUAUAUUUGGAAGCAGCAGUUAGAUGGAGAGAUUUGCGGCAUCUACCUUUACAUUUAGAUCUUUGUAGACCUUUUGCCGCUCAUUGUAUUGGGUAUCCGGUAGUAACUCUUGGUUUUGGUUUUAAAAGUUACAUAGGAUAUCGUAUGCGACAGCGUCGUCAACGCGAUGUGGCCAAAGAAAAUGAUUUUUAUUUACAAAUAUUACAACAAGCACUUCCACAAGAAACAGUUACGACACCUACAACAGAAAGUACACAACAGCCACCUGUCCAAACUAAGAAAGCUUCUCAUACUUCAAAUGUUAAAGAUGUAUAUUUACAGAAUGGCCAUAUUGGGAAUGGAGUGAAACAACAUCGUAAGAGUCUAGACAAAGAGAGUUCUAAAAGUGAGCAAAAUGGUACGAUAGUGUCAAGAAAUGACAAACACGAACACCAUCACCCUAACAUGAGCAGAGAUCAUAAUCAUAUCACAAAAACCGAUAAGAAUUCAGAUAAUAGUACAAAAACAGAUUCAUUGUUAUUAACUAACAAAUGUGAUACACAACAAAGUGUCAAAUGUAACGAUCACUUAUAUAAACAGGAUCGUGAUUAUAAUAAUAAAAGUGAUAAAAAUGAUAAUCAAACAAAAGAAACACAUAAUAAACUUGAAAAUCACAAUCAUAUAUCCAAAGGUGAAAACUUUAGGGAAGUCGUUAAAAACGACUUAAAAAAUGAAAAUUUAUUUAUAAAAGAAAACUAUAGAGUAGAUUCUUUGCCCAAGACUGAAUCACAUGUACAAAAUUUAAAUAAUGCAUCUAGUCAAGCCAAGGGUGAAUGUUCAAAUAAUCGAUUGGCAAAUGGCAGUCUACAGUUUGUAGCAAAUGGUGUUGAAUUAUCUGAACGUAUUUCUGAAAUGAAAACUAAGUCCAAAAAUAUUAACUGUAUUGAAAGACGAAAAGGAAAGGAACGUCAGCAUAAAGAAAAAGAGAUUUUUAAUAAUGUUUGUGAGUCAUGCUUGAGGUUAGAUAAUGAAGUACGCAAACUGAAAUCAGAAGUUCAAUCAGCACGGCAAUCUGAAGUUUUAUGUAAAGCUCAAGAAAGGAGUUGCAGAUCAGAAUUAGUACAAGCUCAAAGAGAGAGCGAUGAACUUCAAAUGAAAGUGCAAUCAUUAACAUCUUUGAGACAAAAUGAACGACAAAAUCAAGUAAAUACUGAAAGGAAAUUAGCUGAGGAAAGAAGGCAACGUAUUUCCUUUGAGAAUCAAUUGGCUAAUGAGAGAAAGCAAAGAAAAGUGGCUGAAGACAGAUUGAACAAAGGUGAAUGCACAGAGAGUUGUAAAAAUAGACGUCAAGUUCUCGAAGUGGAAAAUAAGAACUUAAGAAGAGAGCUUCAAAUUGCAGAGGAAAGAGGACAUACAAUGGAACAGCACGGAAGGGCAUUAGAUCAACAGGUGCGAAAUCUUGAAGCUGAGGCACGGGCCAGAGGCCAGCAACAUGGAGCUGAUGUACUCAUGGGGGCGCUAGCAGCUAUGCAGGAUAAGAACAGUCAUUUAGAGCAUAGUUUAUCGGCAGAAACCCGUAUCAAAUUGGACUUGUUUAGUGCUUUAGGAGAGGCCAAUAGAAAACUUGAAAUCAAAGACAAUUUGAUUCGUGCACAUGAGAAAGAAUUAAGCGAGCUGAAAUCUCGUCUGGCUCAAGUUUUAGCUGUUAUGCCACAGGACACUUUUGUUACUGGUUCUCAAAGUGUUGGUUCUACAGCGACCGUCACUUCUAAAUUGCGUUUAAAUGAUACACCCCCAUUACUAUCAGCAGUAGUGGGACAUAAUAAUGGGGGUUCACCGUUAUUGCAUCCCAUUAAUUCUAGUCCUUCAGGAAAUGUUCAACUGUGUGCUUUGAAUGGAAUUACUUCGAACAAUAAUACUAUAAGUGGGAGUUCUUUAAAUCAUCAUCAGCCCGGGUCUACAUUAGAUCCAAAUGCUACAGCAUAUACACCUAAGAAUUCUAUAGGAGGUGAAGCCUGACCUGAAUAUUACGGAUAUGAAUCUUACUUUUAUUCUGCAAAGCUAAACUUCAUGAAAUAAAUACUCAAGUGAUAUGAUGUCUAAAUGGCAGGAUUUCAAAAACAAUGGGAUCUUCGUAAUGAAUGAUAAUUUAUUGCACACACAUAAAGUUGAACAUGUUUUCUCUUUAUUUAGAAUAAAAAGGCAAUUUGAUUUUCCUUAGUAG